CCAAACAAGCACCGAUUGACAGUCUGCUGUGUCUCUGGGGGCCAGCUGAAGAUGACCUCCGACACUGUGGGAGAAGAAAGUGUUGGGCAGCUCUGCGGAGUGGAAUGUGACUAAGCUGUAAGGAGAGGUUGUUUGGAUUCUUGUGACCGAGUGACUUGGGAGACUUUUGCUGGUUUUUUCCUGAACUGCGCUUUAUCUCGCUUUAUUCACGGAAGGCCAAGUCAGCUCACAUGUCUAAGUGCACCAUGGAUUCUCCGCAGAGCAUGUGGGGACUGAACACCCGUUUGAAAGGCUUCCUGGACCAGGUGAACAGGCUGCAGGAGACCAACGAGCAGCUGGAGGCUCGCAUAGGCGAAAUGGGCAUGAGAAACGCGUCUUGUUCUCGGGACUGGUCCGAGCAGGAAAACGCAGUGAAAGAACUGCGCGCUCAGGUCGGUCAACUCCUGAUGGAGAAUGCCCAGUUGGCCUUACAGUCCGACAAGAUGAAGUCCAGAGCUGCAGUCAUCCAGGCCAGAUGUGAGACGGAGGAGUGUAACACCAGGCUUCUGGAGCAGCAAGUGGCUGUGCUGAGGGAGUCGAAGAAGACCACUGAGAAGAACUGCAUGAUACUGCAGACUGACAUUGACAACUCUGUGACAGAACUGCAGGAUGUGCACCAACAAUACCAGGCUGCUCGGGUGCUGCAGCUGCGGCGGGCCGCCUCAUGUGAUGCUCUGUUAGCCAGGACCACGCAGGAAGAGGAUGGCGCAGCGAUGGAGCUCCCCAGACUCCUCGACCGAAUCAAGUCUCAGUGCAGCCGGGAUGGAUUACCUGACCAGGGCGAGAGAAACUUCAGCUCGCGUUCGGUUCCCAGCUUUGCCGUGGCAAGCAGUUCCGAAGCCGGAGCGACUGCAGCAUCAACAAGAACGACACUCAGUGAGGAUGAAGCGGCAUGGGCACAGAUUAACCCGGGCAGCAAUCCUCUGAGGGAGGCACGGGCUGAACUGGCUGAGGCCCGGAGGCAGUGGCUGUCCCUUCAGGUGGAGAUCGAGACCCUGUAUGCCUUGGAGAAAGGCCUGGAAAACUCCCUGCAGCAGAGCCAGCAGCUGUACUCCACCCAGCUGCAGGAACUUUCCCAGGUGAUCACUGGGCUGGAGAGCGAGCUGGAGCAGGUGAGGGGCGGACUGGCCACCCAGCGUCAACGCCACAGCCAGAUGCUCAACACCAAGAUAAGGCUGGAGCGAGAGAUUUCCACUUACAGAAGACUGCUGGAAGGGGAAGAAGGCAGGCACACAGGCCGCACCUGGCAGCCGAUGAAUCUACAGCCCUGCAGCUCAACUUUGGCAGAGUCUAAGGAAAACGGGCUGGAGAUAAGUUUUAGUGACGCCACAAUCACCCCAGAUGAACCAAAGUCAGAGCCGCUGCCUGAAACUACUUCGAUUCUACCAGGAUUCCACAAAUCAAAGGAAGGUUCAACCCUCCAACGGCCACUAAGCCUUGUCUUACUCACAGAGCCGGAGCAGGACAGGGAAUUGGUGAUUUCCACUGUGAAAACUCAGGAGAUUCUCCAAGGUAACGUCGUGCAGGAAAGUGCGGAGGGCCACGGCACUGUCGAGACGGAAAACAUUGACAGGGUCAUCAAGCAGUGGGAGAGCUCCUUCUUCAGGGGGAAUCCCAACCUCCGGAGGAAGUCUGUGUCCCUGCGCUUCGACCUGCACAUGGGGGCGGCAGACUUGGGCUGUGCUCAGACCAAACAAGACAGCUUCCCCGACGUCGAACUGCGUCUCGUCAUGAAAAGAUCCCGCAGCGCCGCAACCACACCCUAACUUCUGAUCGGUCGGUGCCUGAUGACCGCAUCUCCUGCCUUCGUCUGAUGUUUUCAUAGGCCGGAUUCUGAAACUGUGACUUCAAAAGGUUGGAUGUGAUUUAUUUCGACAAAACUUCACUCACGUUGGAAUAGCAUGAGCCAUACCUUUUUUUUUUUUGGCUAAUAUUUACAGCUUCAUACACCUCAGUGACUUCUCGCAAGCUUCUGGUUGAAUUUUUGACCACUUUUCUUGACAAAAUUGGUGUAGUCCAGCUAAAUGUCUUAGCUUUCUGACAUGGAUUUGUUUCUUCAGCAUUGUCCACACGUUUAAGUCAGGACUUUGGAAAAGGCCAUUCUAAAACCUUAAAUCUAGGUUGAUUUAGCCAUUCCUUUACCACUUUUGAUGUGUGUUUGCGGGUCAUUGUCCUGUUGAAAAACCCAACUGCGCCCAAGACCCAACCUCCGAACUGAUGAUUUUAGGUUGAAGGCAGGGGUCGGGAACCUUUUUGGCUGAGAGAGCCAUGAAAGCCAAAUAUUUUUUAAAAUGUAUUUCCAUAAGAGCCGUAUAAUAUUUUUAACACUGAAUACAACUGUCAGGUUCAAACACUGAUGACAUCUAUUAAACAGACAAGAAGUAAGGAAUUAAAUAGAGACUGGAUUCAAUUUAGUUCAAUGAGGAGAAACGCACAGACUUGUACCCUUGUACAGUGUCGUCCCACGCUCUGACAAGAGUACAAAGCUACUGUAACCAAUAUUAAAUAAAAUACUUUUGACCAUUAAUGUGACUUCUUGAACAGGUGCAGUAGAAACGGAUGGAUGGAUUAAAAUGCAUGAGAAUGUUUUAUAUUUUGAACGUUAUUUUUAACACUGUGAUUACCAGCGAAAUUACUCAUUACUUAUCGUGUUAAGCAACGUCAGAUAGAGCCAGAUGCAGUCAUUAAAAGAGCCACAUGUGGCUCGGGAGCCAUAGGUUCCCAAUCCCUGGUUGGAGGUAAUCCUCCUUUUUCAUUGUCCCAUUUACUCUCUGUAAAGCACCAGUUCCAGUGGCAGCAAAACAGGCCCAGAGCAUAAUACUACCACCACCAUGCUUGACGGAAGGAAUUGUGUUCUUGGGACAUUUGAAUGCAUUUCACCUCACAAUUCUGGAAGACAGAAUUUUGUAAGCAAUGAGUACACUCCACUCUAUUCUUGACAUGCAUGUGUUGGCCAAUGUACACUAAUAAUCGUCUCUAUACCAUGACUUCACCCUCUGCACAAUCAAUAGACAAAUCCUACACAAUGUGGGAUAAUUCAUACAUUGGCAAACAAACAUCCCGCACUACCCCUGAUGUGCAUUGUCUCACUGCCUCUUACAGCCAGCAGGUGGCGCUAUUCUGUUAGUUUAUUUUAAAUCGAAACCGUAUUACAAGCUACAUUAAAGAUAAAGUCCCAAUGAUAGUUACACACACACACUAGGUAUGGUGACAUUACCCUCUGCAUUUGACCCCAUCCCCAUGUUCACCCCCUGGGAGGUGAGGGGAGCAGUGAGCAGCAGCGGUGGCCACGCUCGGGAUAUCAUUUGAUGAUUGAACCCCCAAUUCCAACCUAUGAUACCAAGCGCCAAGCAGGGAGGCAAUGGUUCCCAUUUUUAUAGUCUUUGGUAUGACUUGGCCGGGGGUUUGAACUCACAACCUUCCAGUCUCAGGGCAGACACUCUAACCACAAAGCCACUGGGCAGGUUUAUACAUUAUGCACAGUCUGUGGUAGUUACCUCCCUCGGGAGGUUUUAUAGUCACUGCCCUUGGUUUGUCUGUCAGUUAGUUAGUCAGCUAGUUAGCUGACUAGUUCGCUGGUUCGUUUGCAUUUGCGACUGCUGGUCUUUCAAGUCGGGGCGGCUCAUUUUUAGCUGCUCUAUGAUCAUAAAUACAGCGCCUACAGCUAGAUCUUGAAAAUAAACAAAGAUCACUUACGGAAUUUUAAAAUUCACCUUAGGUCAGGAAAAAACACAGAGGCUAUGUCAUCCCUUUAGGCCUUUUUCGCAGUUGUCCCUGCUCUUCAGGGGAGUUUAUUGAAGCGUCUGUGGUUGUUACGCAGUAGUGCCUUGCUUCUGUGCCGCCAUGGUGAGAUCAGUUUAUUGCGUUUGAAUUUCAACAUUUUAAAAUGUUUUAAUUCUCCACAUUAAUUUGGAACAACGGAAUAAUCAAUCCAUCCAUCCAUCUUCUUCCGCUUAUCCAAAGGUCGGGUCGCGGGGGCAGCAGCCUAAGCAAGGAAGCCCAGACAGACUUCCCUCUCCCCAUCCACUUCGUCCAGCUCCUCCUGGGGGAUCCCGAGGCGUUCCCAGGCCAGCCGGGAGACAUAGUCUUCCCAACGUGUCCUGGGUCUUCCCCGUGGCCUCCUACCGGUCGGACGUGCCCGAAACACCUCCAUAGGGAGGCGUUCGGGUGGCAUCCUGACCAACGGAAUAAUAUUUAAAAAAAUGCUGUAUAUAUUUAGAGUGCUGAUUCACACAUUUUGCUUGCAAACAGAGACCUCCAGGGACGCCAACCAAGUCGACCGACUUGGUUCUUCAGACCACCAAGCACCGACAUAAGAGUCCGUUUCAGGGUUACUAUAGUGUAUUAUUUGGAUAAAUUGUCACCGGCUGCUUUUCAGCAAUUGUUCUUCAGUCUCUUUUCUCCCGCUCUCACGCCAGCUCCACUCCGGCUCCAACACUCUCUCCUCCCGGCUGCUGCCUUUUAACAGAGCGACAGGUGAUUAGAUAACCAGGCCCAGGUGGGCCAUCUAGGCACCUGUCACUGAUUUCCAAGCCGGUCCUGGCACACCCCGCAUUGAUAAAAGCCCACAGGCCACGCCACGCAACAACCCCACACCAUAAUUCCUCCUCCACCAAAUUUCCUACUCGGCACAAUGCAGUCUGAAAUGUACCGUUCUCCUAAUUCUAAACAUUUGAAUGGGUGGCCAAAUAUUUUUGGGCAAUAUAGUGUAUUUCUUUGCUUCACACAUUCACGUCCUCACUUUCUUGUUAGUCCUGAUAUCCUCUUCCAAUCACUCAUCCCACAUUUGUUAAAAUUGUACGGCUUCCUCAUUUGGAAAUAACUAUUAUUUAAAAUGUACAUGUUGGAUGACUUGUGUUUUAAAAUAUUGUUGCAUUAAUACUGGGUGUGUGACAUUCAUAUUUUGUCAAUAUUCAGUGUUUUAUCGUUCAUAGAAAAAAAAUUAAUUCCAUUCCGUUUUUAAGGCGGUCUGUCAUAACCUUUUUAGCAUU